AGUUCACUUCCGGGAGGCCAACUUAUUAGCAUUGAGUCACCUAGACCUCGGCCUGCCCUUGCUGCAGUCGGUGAUUCUGUUUGCUCCCUGGCACUUCCUGACCAGGCCCAGCACUGUAUCCACUUUCUCCACCCCGUCCCGGCUGUUAAGAUGCACCCAAGCGGCUGCUGAAGUAGGUGCACGGGCUGGCAAAAGAAGCUGGUGCCCGGUUCCCACCAGACUUAACCCAGAGGCUGGCUGGCGGAGAUGGGGUCGGCAGGGCGCGUUCUCCUGCGGGCCGUGAUCAUGGGGCCCCCCGGCUCUGGCAAGGGAACCGUGUCCUCUCGCAUCAUCAAACACUUCGCCUUGAAGCAUCUCUCCAGCGGAGACCUGCUCCGGGACAACAUGAAUAAGGGAACAGAAAUUGGUGUGCUUGCCAAGACCUUCAUUGAUCAGGGGAAGCUCAUACCAGAUGAUGUCAUGACCCGGCUGGCCCUGCAUGAACUGAAAAAUCUAGCUCACUGUAGCUGGUUAUUGGAUGGUUUUCCCAGGACUGUCCCACAAGCUGAAGCCUUGGACAAAGUCUACCAGAUAGAUACAGUGAUUGAUCUGAAUGUACCCUUUGAGAUUAUUAAGCAACGUCUCACCUCUCGCUGGAUUCACCCGAGUUCUGGCCGAGUUUACAACACUGAAUUCAACCCUCCUCAAAAAAUUGGCAUUGAUGAUAUUACUGGAGAGCCUCUUAUACAGCGUGAGGAUGAUAAACCAGAAACUGUUACCAAGAGACUAAAGGCUUAUGAGGCCCAAACAAAACUUGUUCUGGAGUAUUACCGGAAUAAGGGUGUGUUGGAAACUUUCUCCGGAACAGAAACCAACGUGAUCUGGCCCCAAGUAUAUGCUUUUCUCCAAACAAAACUGCCAGAUAUAAGUCAGAAAGGAGCAGUGACUCCCUGAAGAAUAGCAAUUCCCUAUAAGAGGAUCAGAACACUGGUUUGCUUUGUCAGGGAGCUUCUGAAUUAUGGGACUCAUCAUAUAUGAAUUCUAAGAUCAUGAUCUACUUUCAUUUUUGCUGAUUUUUCUGGAAACUAAGUGAUGAGUCAAUCAUGAAGACUUUCAUUUCUUACAUCUUUAUUGCAGUGACCUGGUUCUCAUCUCCUGGUGGUUUGUGUAGUUUUUAAAAAUUCCUAUUUAUGUAUCUAACCAUAUUUCAUUUUGUAAAAUGGCAAAGCCAAAAGGAUGACUGGUCAUUUUAAAACAAUACGAUGCCCUUUUUUAGUAAGUCAACAGCUUCUAGUGUUUCCCUCUUUUUUAGGAAAAGAAUCGAUGUUUACAUAGCACUAACUGAGAUCAAAUACACUAUCAAAGAGGCAUUCUCUUCCUCCUUGUCCUUUUAGAUUAAAGCCAUGACAAAUAUCCUUCUUCUGACUUUAACUCAGAAAUUUCCAGCACUGUUUUUUUAAAUAUCUGGAAGAUCUGCCUUAGAGAAUCACUGAUACAGAAUGUCAAUUUAUCUAUGCCUCAAAUAACGCACAUAUGAAUCAGCUUUAUUUGAUGACUAGAAUGUGCUUAUUUUUCUGGUGAGGAUCCUCUCCUUUGAGGGCAGCUAGGUGGCACAGUGGACAGGGCACAGGGCUUCAAUCAGGAAGACUUAUCUUUCUGAGUUCAAAUUCUGCCUCAGACAUCUACUAGAUGGGUGACCCUGGGUAAGUCACUUAACUUUGUAUACCUCAGUUUCCUCAGCUGUAAAAUGAGCUAGAGAAGGAAAUGGCAAACCACUCUAGUAUCUUUGCCAAGAAAACCCCAAAAUGGGGCCACAGUCAGUCAUGACUGAAACCACUCAACAACAACAAAAUUAUCUUCUCUUUUAAUUCUGCCUGUUUCUUCAAGAGUAACUAUAGAGCAGAAUGCUGAAUUCAGAGCCAGGCAACUUGAGUAUAAAUGCUGGCUCCUGCUACUUAUAAGCUGUGGAAUCUUGGGAAAGAUCACUUAACCUCUCUAGGCUUCAUUUGUUAAAAUGACCGGGUUGGACUAGAUGACCCAGUGAGGUUUCCUCCCCUUCUAAAUCCAUUAUGAUGCCACGAACUAUUGAAAACUGCAAUGCUCAUUAGGAAAACAUUCUUUCAUUUGUAAAGUGCUUUGGCAUUUAGAAAGUACCACAGCAUACAUAAUCUCAUUUGAUCGAGACAACAGAACUGUAAGAGAGGCACUAAAGGAGUGAUCAUCCUCAUUUUGUCUUCAGUAGUUCAGUCCUGUCUGACUCUUUGUGACCCUGUGGACCAUAGCACACCAAGCCUUCUUAUCCUUCACUAUCUCUUGAAUUCUGUCCAAGUUCAUGUACGUCGUUUCCAUGACACUAUCUAUCCAUCUUGUCCUCUACCAUCCCCUUCUUCUUUUGCCUUCCAUCUUUCCCAAUGUUAGGGUCCUUUCCAAUGGGUCCUGUCUUGUCAUUUUAUGUGGCCAAAGUAUUUAAGCUUCAGCUUACAUAUUUGUCCUUACAAUGAAUAGUCUGUCUGUUUUACAGGAUCAGGAAAAUGAGACUCAGGAGUUAUCUCAUCCCAGAUUACAAAACCACAUAGUGCCACUGCCUAGAGAUAACUGGUCAUUAUGUUUAUUAUUGGUCUUUUUUCUUUUGAAGAUAUUUUCUUGCACUGGGGGAUAUGACACACAAGAGUAACAUAAUGCAAUGAAGAGGUAUAAUUUUUAUCCCAAAUGGAAAGUUCUUAAUUAGGAGAUUCUAAUCUCAUUCUUUAUUCUGGUUGAGAAAUAUGGACUUUAGUAUAUAAUUUCUGUUUUUUCUUCCUUGUUCUCACUUAUAUUUUGCUGUCAGUAAUUUGUCCUUAUGGAUUCCAUGCUAACCUACUGAGAAAGAAACAUGGUACUCUGCAGACCAAGUAUGUUUCCUGAAGUAAGCAUGGGGCCUUACAUGUAAUAGGCUCAUAAUAAGUGAUAUUGGUGAUUGUUAGCUUUCUACCUCCCAAUUCUUGGGCAUCCCUGGGCAUCUUGGUAUCAAUAGCUUCCUUGAAGAAGUAGCAGGUGGAGUAAAGUCCUGGAAGGGUUGCCAUUCCAUAUAUGAGGUAACAGACUUGGUAGGAGCAAGAAGAUAGUAUAGUUUGGGGAAGAAUGUUUAUUAUUAUUAUUUUUUAAAUUUCUAAAAAAAGAAACCAUGAUGCUGCCCACCCUAUCUUAAUUUUGGGAAAGGAAAACUUCCAGAAGUGGGUGAUCUUAAAUCAUUUAAUGUCUCUGGGCCUCAGUUUUCUUAUCACUAAGAUGGGAACAAGAGCAGGUACCUCUAAGGGUUGGUGUGAGGAUCAAACAAGGUAAAACAAAGCUUAUAUUUCAAUUGUAUUUUCCUCACAAUAACCCUAUGAGAGUCUGUGGGUAGGAUUUGAAUAUUAUUCUUAGCCCCACCCCAUCUGAUAGAUGAAAUUGACUUGCCCAGGGUCAUACAUCUAGUAUCAGAGAUAGGAUUCAAACUCUGAUUUCCUGACUCUGUGGCUGGUUGAGAAUAGUGGUAUGGUGACACCAUAUAGCGAAUCCAAACUUCACAGAACAAAUCCCCUUAAUAAAAGGAUUUUUUUUUCUGUAAAACUUGGGACUCGGUCAAAAGGUCACAUCGUAGAACCCAGAAGGCCACAGGUUCCCCAACCCUGGACUGUAAAUAAAAUGCUGGGCUCAGUGUCAAGGACAACUGAAUUUAAAGCCUGCCUUAAACAUUUAAUUGUGUGACUCUAGGCAAGUCACUUUCUCUCAAGCCUCAGUUUCCUCAUCUGAAAAAAGGAGAGACUUUGGACUUAAUGACUUCUAAAGUCCCUUCCCGCUGGAAAUCUAUGUUUCUGAGCUGUGGCAUCAGAGCGGAACAGGAAAUUGUCAUGGUUUGACUUACCUGGCUUUCCUUCUCUGCAGACUACAUUUUUUAUAAGUGAUCAUUUAAGUGCUAUGUCAAGUUUCCCAGUGUCUUUGAAAACUUGACCUCCCCUUUUUCUGAGAUUUUCUUCUAGGCAGUUAAAAUGUAAAGGCCAUUUUAGAAAAAAAAAAAAAAAGGUUUUUUUUUCCUAUUUAGCAUUUCUCACUCACUCACUGUCUGUCUUUUUCAAGAUGGAUGGAAUGAGGCAUUUUGAAAGGAUUACCACUACUACUUCCCUUUUUGGUAUAUUUUUCUUUUACUUUGUACAAGAUUUUCUGUAAUGCCUUAUGUGAGUAUCAUAGUAUACCCAUUUCUAACAAAAUAAUUGUGGAAUAUUAGACUGAUACAAAACAAUACUAGAUUAUAAAGCAUGCUUUAUAAUAAAAUCAAUCAGAAAUCAAAACCAAUGUUUCUUUCUCUUUGACUGUAUGUACUCCAUCCACACUUGCCCUAUCAAUUAUGUUGAUGCUUUGUUUUCCUGCUACUUAAAAAAGCUCUGCGAAUUGAAAUCCAGAUUCUUAAUUUCAUAGUGUUUUAUACUUUACAAAAUGCUUUUACUUGUAUUCCUUAGAAUCAACUGUAAGAAGAAUGAAGGGCAUUGUUGCUAUUUAACAAAUGAAGCUGAUUUCCCAAUUA